AUGACUAAAGUCGCAAUCAUAACGGGAGGUGCAAGUGGCAUGGGCCAUGCAGUAGCCCAAGCACUAAGCAAGAGAUCUGACUGGGAGGUUCACAUUCUCGACAUGAAUGCAGAAGCUGGUACCAAGGCUAGCAUCGAAAUGCCGAACACGGUGUUCCAUCAGACGAAUGUCGCCGAGUACAGCUCUUUGUCUGCUGCAGUGAAGUCAGCCUUUCAAUCCAAGGGGCAGCUGGACUUUGUUUUCGCCAAUGCCGGGGUGAUCGAGCGGAAGAACUUCUAUGGCACCCACGAAGUAGGCAUCGAAGCACCGCCGGAGCUCGAUCAGACCAGCAUCGAUGUUGAUCUCAAAGGGCUGACAACGAUGGCCUACCUGGCUCUGCAUUACUUCCGUCGAUCGCCUCACAAAGGCAAAGACACCAGCUUGAUACUGAAUUCAAGCUGUGGAGGCCUGUACGCAUCGUACUACUCGCCCUUGUAUACGGCUGCGAAGUUUGGUGCUCUUGGUUUCAUGCGAGCCAUAGCAGGGCAUUUCCGCCUCGAGGGCAUCCGAGUCAAUGCAAUUUGCCCUGGCAUUGUCCGAACCAACCUGCUGGAUAAACAAGGAUGGUCUGGCUUCCCGCAGGACAUGUUCACACCAGUGGAGAAUAUCUCUGAUGCCGUGUGUCGACUUAUAGAUGGAGGGGAUAUCACCGAUGCCAACGGUCGAACAGUCCCGGCCGCGAAGUUGUACGGUCAGGCGGUUGAGAUCAACUUGAGCAAUAUCUAUUUCAGGCGGCAACAUGAAUUCAGCGAUAAAGCCAUGGAGAGUAUUAUGAUGGCGACCAGCGUUGAGAAUCAGAUAGGAGCUGUGUUGACAUCCUGA